AAAUAAAUAAAUAAACUUUAAAUUCGCGAAAAACAGUUUCCAAUUUUGCCUCUAGUGGGCGCUGCUGCCCAAGAGAGAAAUAUUAUUAGGGUUUCCAAGAAUGAUUUUGAUGAAAUGUAGAUCGGGUGUGAUAUAAAACAAACAGCGAGGACUGCACCCAUGGCUUUCAAAAGCAAAGUGGCCGACACAAAGACGGUAAUUCUGCAUUUGUUGCUGUGCUUGGCUAUUUUCUACACUCUCUACUACAUGAUCGGCAGCGUCUGCUUUGGGGCUUUCAAGCUUGAUCAUUUCGAUGGGCUCAUACCAUUUGACUUUAAGACAGAACCCUCCGAAUCCAACUCAAAGUACCUUGUGAACUUGCUGUCGAUGCAGCUCACCUAUUUCACCAGCGGGCUCCUGUUUGCCGCGGUGGUGAAGCGCUGGGUGUGGGAUUAUGCCAUUACUGUCACCCUGGUGCAUGUCGGACUGACCUCCGCAGUAAUGCUGGAGUUCCCUCUUGUGUGGCAGUGGUGGCUGGCUCUGGGCAGUGGCUUGUUCCUUAUGAUCUGCAACGGUCAGCUGAUUGCGUACUUUGCCUGCGAGAAUGACCACAGCUAUCCCACACUCGACAGCUACUGACUGACCACUCUGUCACAUGGAGCUCCACUCUGGAGGGGGUCAAAUCCAUGCCACAGAUUUAACAACAGCUUUACUCCUGGACUAUAACAAUACCAUAAUGCAGAUGUCAACAAAGCUGUGUUUGUGAUAUUCAAAAUACAAAAUGAGGACACUGUACAUUAUGCGCGCUUUGUAAGGCCAAGAAAGGUUCGUUGUUUUAGUAAAAUUCAUUGCAGUUUAAGGGGUCACUUCUUGGCUGAUCUUGGCUGGGGGCUCACAAGGAGCGCUUCGUUGGCCUUUUGCAAUCGCCUGGACAUAGUUUACCUCACAGUGCUUCGCAUGACAAUCUACUGGAUAGGCGUCCUGGGUCACAGACAGAGCCUGUCAACUGAGCCUCAGUUAAUUUAUUUCAAAUAGUGCCAAAAAAAGUCUUCUGAUGAAAUUGUGGUUUAAACAUUUCCUCUUUUUUUUUUCUUUUUUGUUGAUUGAUCAUCGUCAACAGAAUCAGUCACAUACGGACCUGUAGAAAAUGUGUUGUUAGUAAAAAUGAAAAUACACUGUUACAUUUUAAUAUUUCUCAACAGUGUCUCGCAAAGGUCUGCGGCUCCUUGCGAUGCAUGUCACACGUACAAAGGUCAUGUUUUAAGUUACCUUCCCAAGGAAACCAUGUUAUAAACUCAUGUACCAGGAACUUGAGCAAUCAGGCCCUUGCUAAAUCAACUCCAGUCAUACUUAGAUUGUGAAAAAGGUGAAUGGCAGUCAUGUGUUGAUCAUGAAUUAUGAAGCUAGUGUACGUGGUGUAGUAAGAGAUGUUCAUGCUGCAGCUCUAAUGCGGGAAUAUUUCUUGUAGCACAGGUCUAACGAGAACACCCUGUGCAACAACUUUGCUGAAAAAGGCAGCUGUUUGUGCAUUAAAUAUACAUAGAAAUCGUGAUUCUGAUUGUACUGUUGCUUUAUCCAUAUCUUAAAAAAGUUUUAAAAAAGCUUGUUUUAACUGGUCUUAAUUUAACUGGGUGAGAAGUUAGUUCAGAAUGCUUAUAAUACACCUACAGAAUCUGUGAAACUCUUGUAUUGUCGAGUGUACAAUAAGAUUAUUGUAUGGGUAUGGAAAUUUAUGAAGUUUUUUGUAUAAUAUUUUUUUCUACGCUUGGUUUAUGAGAAGAACUAAUGUUUGUUUGUAUUGUGUCAGUUAUCAAGUGUUUAUUUAUUUAUUUAUGUAUUUAUUUAUUUAUGCAUAUUGUAUGUCAUUAUAAAACAAGACUGCUGUGUUAAUUUUGAAACAUUUUGGUUCAGUUUUUUCGUGAUGGGGUAUUUAAUCCCCCCCC